AUGUCUUCCUUUGCUGCAGCACCUUAUCGGCAUGACGUGAUGCCAUUUGAUGCAACGCAAGACGCACAAACUCAUGGAAACCCGGCCCUGGACAAGCUGAAGGAUGCAAUCCCAGAUCUGAAGAUCUAUACAUGCUCCUCACCUCGCUACGAGACCCUUCGAGGGGUCUACAACAAGCUCAUUACGGCAAAACCCCUGGCCCUUUGUCGACCCACUUCGGUCGCCCAGGUGCAGGCCAUUGUGAAAGCCACCACGGAUCUGGACGUGCCGCUCGGGGUUCGUUGCGGAGGCCACGAUGUCUUUGGACGCGGCUGCAUUGCCGACUCCAUCACCAUCGACAUGCGAGAGCUUGAUACGCAGGAACUUGCACAUGAUAAGAAGACUGUCACUGUUGGCGGCGGCAUCACCAGUAAGAAUCUCGUUGGCUUCCUGGGGUUGCACGGCCUCUGCACCUCGAAUGGCUUUGCGGGUGAGGCUGGAUGGACGUCGUGGGCGUCGUGGGGAGGGUACGGCCCGCUCGGCGACUAUGUUGGAUUGGGCGUAGACAACAUCGUUGGUGCCAAGAUCGUCACGGCUAAUGGCGAUUUGGUUACCACCCACGGGGACUCGGAGCUGCUGUGGGCUGUGCGGGGUGGGGGCGGCAAUUUUGGUAUUAUUGUCGAGACAAAGGUGCAGGUUUAUCCCAUGUCCAAAAUUCAGGCGGGAUUUAUUGUCUAUCCUUGGCCAGAAACAGCAGGUGUCUUGCUGCGACUACAGGCCCUUCUCGACUCUGGGGUCCCCGACAAACUCUGUAUUCAGGCGGGGUUUAGCAAGGGUGAAUGGGGUCUCGGCAUGGCUUUGACCUAUAUCUGGCCCGAAGCGGAAACAAUUGGGCCAGAGAGUGAGAAGUGGCUCCAGGAACUAAAGAACCUUGGCACGUGCAUUGUCGACACUGUUCAAGAGACUACGUUUCAGGCUUUCCAGAGUAGCAUUUCCAGCGCUAUCAGCGACCCUGUCAACGUCACAUCGCGGCACGCCAGUAUCGCCAAGUUCACCAGCGCCACGGUCACACAACUGAUCGACGCCUGUGAGGCCAUCCCGCAGGAAGCUGACUGCUCUGUAACCUGCACGAUCCUGCACGGGAAAGCGGCUCGGCCAAAUACUUCAUCUGCUUUCGGCACCAGGCGCCCGCACAUCAUGCUGCACAUAAACGCCGUAACUGAGGCUGCGGCGCAAGAAGGUGUUGCUAUCGCAUGGUCAGAUCAUCUGGUUGAUGGCGUGGAAGCGACAGGAGACAGCAUUGGGCCUACAUAUGUCAGCUUCAUGGAGACGGGCAAGGAUGCAAGGGGCUGUUAUGGAGACAGCUGGGAUCGGCUAAAGGCGGUCAAGAAAGAGGUUGAUCCAGGCAAUGUUUUUAAAUUCGUGCAUGGUCGCAUCUCGGCUGUUUGA